AUCCUUGUGCACCGCGGUACGGCCUCGACAACCUGAAGGAAUAGACUCACAAAUCAGUACGUGGCUUUUUCCUCUUGGUUCCGAAGCUGCAGGAUCUCAUCAAAAUGGAGCUCGAGGCAAUGACCAGAUACACCAGCCCGGUGAACCCGGCUGUGUUCCCCCACCUCACUGUGGUUCUGUUGGCUAUUGGAAUGUUCUUCACAGCUUGGUUCUUUGUAUAUGAGGUAACAUCGACAAAAUACACCAGGGAUGUAUACAAGGAGCUUCUGAUCUCACUUGUGGCUUCACUCUUCAUGGGCUUUGGUGUGCUGUUCUUGCUGCUCUGGGUCGGCAUAUAUGUAUGAGGAUUGUGAUAUGAACAGAUGAUACAGAUGAACAUUCCGGUGCUACAGAUGUCGUGGGCUCCAUAAUACAAACCUGGUUUGGGCUUUAUUUACUGCACUGACAAUAGGUCUCAGAUUGGAUUCAUUCACCAAUAAAGAUGAGUUUGUAAGAAAA